AGAAGUGUCAAUUGUCAAAUUUAAACUACACAAAUAAAUGCAAAAUAUUACGCAUUAAAAAACGAAUUACCUAUUACUAUUUUUUUGUGAUUUGACAAUACAAAUACAUUAUUUUUACCAAUUUUCAGAUUACUGGAAAAUUUCGGCCAGCUGGCCUGGCUAGAAUAUGUCAAUGAAUUUAAAACAACAAAAAUCAGAGAUAGUGUAUUUACUUUUCCAACAUACAAAUCGUAGUAGUCCUUACUCAAUUUUAAAUUUUAUGACAGCAAAAUAGAGAUAUGAUAAGCUUUUCUAAACAUUGGCACAGUCAUUUUAUCUUUGUAAUCAAACAUGCUUCAGUGUUGCUGUAACCUUGGUCCUAUAAUCAGUGAAAAUGUGCAAGAAGUCGAGACGUAAUAUUUUAUGUACUGAAUUUUUCUAUUUAAUUUUCGCAUAUUUUGAAAAAUAAUGUCGCAAUCUUUGGAAGCGCUUUCGAAUGGAUGGGCGACAGAUACAACGGCGCCCGUUGACCUCGACAAGCCGACAGAUAAUGAAAAGCAGCCUACAUGUAUUUUUCGAACGCCGUUGCGCAGAAAAUGACCAUAGCUUUACUGUAUCGAAUCAACCCUAUCUACUAUUCAGACUACUCGGAUACGAUCUAGGCUUACAUUUGAAGCUAUUUCAACUUAAACGUUCUAUUUGCCAUUGGCUCUACAAUUUCGAAUACUAUAAAUUUGGUAUUUACUCCAAAGAUAUUACUUGACGAAGAAUAUUUGGUAAAUCCAAGUAGAAUUGAAAGUGCAUCAGAAUGGACAUCGUGACUAACUAUCAUCCGGUGUUCAAAGCGUUUCUUGCGGGUUCGUUUUCUGGAACAUUCAGCACUGUGCUCUUCCAGCCGUUGGAUUUAGUGAAGACUCGUUUGCAGAAUCCGAAUCAUCAUGUCAUGGCGGCUACAGUCAACGGCCGAAUUCAACCCGGGAUGAUAACGAUCUUCGCUAACAUAAUCCGUCAGGAGCAAAUCGUUGGAUUGUGGCGAGGGAUGGUACCCUCCGUUGCCCGAUGUGUUCCCGGGGUCGGAUUAUAUUUCUCUUCACUGCAUUGGCUCAAAGGGAAGAUGGGGAAGUCUACGGGAGACUUGAAAGCUAUUGAGGCUGUUCUUUUGGGCGUUGUCGCAAGGACCAUGAGCGGGAUUGCCUUGAUACCAAUAACUGUGAUAAAAACUAGGUACGAAUCAGGGGUGUACAAAUACACCAGUUUGAGUGGUGCUCUGAAAUCCAUAUACAAAGCGGAAGGUCUUCGAGGUCUGUCCUGCGGCCUGGGUCCGACCUUGGCCCGGGACGCGCCGUUCUCGGGACUGUAUCUAAUGUUUUACACACAAACAAAACAAGCCGUUCCCAAAGAAUGGCUUCAGUCACCAAGCGCUGCAAGUGCUAUUCAUUUCUCGUGCGGUAUUGUCGCCGGGAUCGCUGCCUCGCUGGCCACAAACCCGGCCGACGUUCUCAAGACGAAAAUGCAACUUUAUCCUGAUAAGUUUCCAAACGCCUUUAGUGCCGCUGUUUACAUCCAUCAGACGUACGGAAUUAAAGGGUAUUUCAAAGGUGCCGUACCCAGGAUGCUUCGUAGAACUCUCAUGGCUGCAAUGGCGUGGACUGUCUUCGAAGAAAUAACAAGGUCUAUUGGUUUAAAAUGAAUUUCGUUAACUACAUUGUUUGAAUAUAAAAAUUAGGGCAAUGGUAAGCCUAUUUAUAAAUGUUAGCACAACGUUCCUAAUAUAUUGAAUCUGUUUUGUUUAACUUUGAUUUUAUAAAGUUGUAUCGUUUGUAGGUAAGGGUUUUUGUUGAUAUUUAAAAUACACAUGUCAAACGUGUUGAUAUAAUCGAAUACUAUAUAUAUUUUGUGCAAUUUACAUUUAAAUAAAGUUUUGUGAAGUGAAACAAGAA